AUGCGCAAGGCAGUCUUCUACCACAGAAACGUUGUGCUCACCGGACUGCGCAAGUCGCUGGACAGCGGCAAAGAGAGGGUGCCGGGUAGGUCUUGCGGGACGAAAGUGCAGCGCCGACGGCUCGUACGUCGCGCCGUGGCGGACCAGUCGUCGCGCCAGUUCGCCGCCAGUAUUACUUGUCAAGAUAGCAGCUGCCAGCGGCGCAAUGCUGCCAAAAUAGCGGUGCUCGUGCGUCGCGUUGAGGUUCGCACCGGCGUCGAUGAAGAGCUGCGCGAGCUCUUCUGA